UGGGCGACGGCUAGCACCACACCCCUCCUUAAAAUCCCUGUGUGGUGGCGGCGUGCCGUCCUCCCAUCCCCCGGCUCUUUUCUUUCUUUCUCUUCUGGCUUGACAGUGACAUGCCCGAGCCCACCGCCACGUUCGCUGGAUUCCGCUAUGCUGCCGACCAGAGCCUGUGGGUGCGCGUCUCAGGAGGCGCUAGUAUGCCAAACAGCCUCGGCCGCCCGCUCCAAUUUGCGACUCUCAACUGCCUGCACGACCUGGGCGACGCGGAGCUGCUCCAGCAUGAGCGCCGGCACGAGUCAAUCCUGCUCGAGCUUGCGGCGCUGGACGCCGACGUCAUCGGUCUCAACGAGGUGACGCGGCCGCUGCUCGAGCGCGUGCUUCUGGAGCCGUGGGUCAGGCGCAGCUUCACCGUGUCGGCGGUUCCGGGUGAGGCAUGCUGCAGUCACCUCUCGACGCUGCAGGAGGGCAGCUUCGGCAACUUGCUGCUCUCGAAGAUUGCGCCCGUCGCGGUGGCGUUUAUUGAGCAGCCCGGCGACCGGCGGCACAGCCACGUGGCAACGCUGGACCUGUGCGUCGGCGGCCGGCGGCUCAGGGUCGCUGUGUGCUCGACGCACCUCACCGCGUUCCCUUGGCUGAUGGAGGGCCGGCGCAGGACGCAGCUAGCACACGUCACUUCGGCGAUGAAGGCGGCCGCGUUCGACGUCGCGUGCGUAAUGGGCGACUUCAACUUUCAUCGAGAGGCGGAGAACGCGAGCAUCCCCGACGGGUGGGCCGAGCUGCCCGCGGUCGUGAGUCUAGGGGCGACGUGGGACUAUGCUCGCAACGCCAUGCUGCCGCACUACCUCCCGCUACGCAACAUCUACAACGGGCUUGGGCUGGGCGAGCGCUUUGGCUGGCCUGGCCCCAUGCGCCUCGACCGUGUGCUGGUUUGCUGCGCGGCCGGCGGGUGUGCCUGCGAUCCGGGCGCGGCGCGCAUCUUCGCGGACCAGCCGGUUCACGAGCGCGCGCGAGGGCGGCCGCCACUGCCGCAGACGGGGCGCGAGCUCAGCGAGGCGCACCGCUCGCUGCCCUGGGAAGAGUACUUGCACCCCUCGGACCACUUUGGCAUCUCGUUUGAGCUUGUGCUAGGGCGCGUUUGAAUAUGACUCUAUAAAGAUAAAAGAACAA